AUGGUAAGAAGUAAUUACGAACUAUCAAUUACCAGGAGCCGAAAAGAUGGCUCUGAUACCAAGAAAAGAUGGUAUCAAGAUGUUUUUACCUCCAAAGGCGCUUGGUUGCUCGACCUUGGAAGACUGUCGCUGGGAAUUGGGUUUGGGCUGGCUAGUUUUGUGGGACCUGUAUAUCUUGCAGAAAUAACUCCAAAGAAUGUAAGAGGACUACUAAUGUCAAUCAGUCAGUCAAUGACUGGUUAUGGUGCUUCUUUCACGUUUUUAGUCGGUUGUAUUCCGAGUCUGUUACUGCUCCUUGCUCUAUUUUUCAUUCCAGAGUCUCCAAGAUGGUUGGAUUUUAUCGAAAACCAGCGUCUUCAACAGAACUCCGACGACAAUGUCCUCAACUUGUUUCGGCGAAAAUAUCUUCAUAUAGUCAUUAUUGGAGUUGGGCUGAUGGUAGUGCAAGCAUCAGGAGGCCUAUAUGGAUUUCUGUUUUAUAUGAGUGAAAUUUUUUAUUCAGCUGGUAUCUCUAGUACAUUGGGGUUUAUCCUGGUUGCUGUUCUUCAGGUAGAUCUUAUAGGAUCCUUUUAG